GAGCAGAGUUUAUGUAUGAAGAGGGAGAGCUAAAGGAUUCAAGAUGGCCACUUCGCUGCUCUUCAGAAGCUCUCUUCAUCAUCAUCAUCAUCAAUUUGGUCCCGCUAAACCAAACCCUUUCUCCCCUUCUCCUCCUUCAUCUUUCUCUCCAGCAGGCAAGGGCAGGUUUCCUUCCCUCAGGUCCAUUAAGAUGCAAGGGGGCGACCGGGGGAAGAGGAAAGUGUUUGUUGGUGGGGCAACGGGGAGCACUGAGAAGAAGAUAGUUGAUCAGCUGCUCGCAAAAGGUUUCGCAGUCAAUGUGGGGGUGGAUGACUUGAAGUUGGCCAGGUCCACUUUUUCUUGGAACGACCCGUCUCUUAAGAUUGAAGAGGUGGAGUUGACUGACCCCAGCGAGCAGUUGGCCAAACUAAUAGAGAACGGUAUGGAGGCUGUGAUUUGGGUCACAGAGGUUAUUAAGCCUGAGCAAGGUUUGUUUGUUCCACGGCAGGUUGACUAUUUCGGCACAGUUAACCUCGUUAAAGCUUGCAAGGAGAGAUGCGUUGGUAGAUUCAUCCUCAUCAGUUCAAUUAUAUUAAAUAUAGCUGCAGCGGGACAAAAAUCUGAUGGUGGUCCAGCGGAACAAAAAUCUGAUGAUACAGCUCGUAUUUUCCUCCACGCUCUCCACCAAGCCCUUCUGGCGGAGCAACAUAUCAGAACGUCAGGCAUAAACUACACAAUCAUAAGGCCGGUCAGCCUCAGAGAUGAUACCCAAAAUGGAAACAUUGUUACGGGGCAAGAGUUUUCAAAAGACCAGAUUUGUUCCAGAGCCAAACAAAGUUGCACUUCCCUCCUAAUCCUCGUAAGGUGUCUGAGCUUUUCGGUGUGUUUUAUCAGGACAACCCACUGCACAAGGUUUCAGUAUCGAGGGAUCAGGUGGCAGAAGUUGCUGUGGAGGCACUAUUUGACUGCAACUCACAUUACCAGGUUGUUGAGAUUAUCGCUUAAGCUGAUGCUCCGAAGAGGCCCAUUUGAGGUACUCUUAUUGGUUCCAAUUAAGAAAGGUUGAAGCACGGUAUGAACUCUUGAACAUAUACAGUCGGAAUAGAACUGUAUCAUUUACAUAUGUAGAUCUCCCACCGCAGUGGAUGAAGCUCGAAAUGGAAUAAUUGAGUAUUUUCUUCAUCAUGGAGUGGAAGAUUUCACUCCUUAAUUGCAUUGUAUUUGUUCGUUUGCUAAUGAGAUUCAAUAAAGAUACUCGGCUAUCCUUCAAA